UUGAAAUGAAAUAAAUUAGGUUUGGUGCAGCCCUCCACAUAGCGUCUUUUCUUCUCUUCGUCUCUAUCGCUUGUACUGUAGGAGGCGCUGUGAAUUUCUUCUUUAUUCCACCAGUAAAACCACUGAAGAAAGGAGACUGGAGCACUCAGAUGAUGUUGAGCAUGAAAGCGCAGGUGGAGGUGGUCUGCUGUAAAUCAGUAGGAACUGAUCUGUCCAUGCUGGAUAUUGAGGAUUUCAUCACAGAAAUCUGUCGGCUGAAGAAAGAGGUGGCUUCACUGGAGACAAAGCUGAGAGAAAGAGGAGACAAACUGAACAGAGAGGAUGUGGAGCAGGUUUCAGUGCGUGUGACUGAUGGGACAGAAGCUCAGGAUUCAGUCUGGAGCGUCAGAGAUCAGAGAUCCAGAGACACACAGGACUCAGAGCUCAGCCUCACUUUACUCUGUUAUACUGACGCUCAGGAUCAUGAAUCCACUGAUCAAACCUCUGACUGUAACGCUGGAGAACAGCAGAUGCUGCAGACGCCGCUGAAGAUGUGCUCCGUCAAACUGGUGGACUGCAGGAACCUGAUCGAGAGCAGAGGAGAAGAAACCACCGCAGAGAAAGAACAACAACACACUGAAGAGCAGGAGGAUGAUGAGAAUGGGGAUGAUGAAGAUGAAGAUCAUAAUAAUGUUGACGAUGGUGACUUUGUUCCUUUAGAUGACAGCGCUGGUUCAUCUUCUGAUGGAGAAACUGGAUCUACAUCUAAAGAGCAAAGAACAGUGACCAACUGUGGAAAAAAAAUCAGCAAACAGGGUCAUUUAACAAGACAUCAGAGAAAACACAGAAAACGGAAAGACUACAGCUGCAAGAUAUGCAACAUCAGUUUUCCGACCUUCAAAGAGAGAACACUUCAUUCAAAAGAGCACAGCGUGAAGAAGGAGUUUCGCUGCGAACAGUGCGGGAAGGAUUUUUUCAACACACUUUAUAGUAUGAGAGCUCAUAUAAAGACACACGAAGAGAAGUCUCUUCAGUGCAAUGAAUGCAGCAAGUUUUUCCGCAACAAACGAGAUCUUUCUGUUCAUAUGAGAUCACACGGGUGAAAAACCAUACAAGUGCCCUCACUGUGAGAAGAGUUUCGGCCAGGGAUCUAAUCUAAAGACACAUCUACUUAAGCACAGCAAUGAGAGACCGUAUCAGUGCCCUCACUGUGAGAAGAACUUCACCCAGGGAACU